GUUUUGCCUCCAUUGGCUCCAUUCGUCCGACGCACGUGUGUGGAGUUCGCGUGUCAGACGGAUCGUCCGCAUUUUGGCGCACAAUUAGGUGAGAGGCAAUGCCGUCCGACGCGAAGAAGAAGCAGCAGCAGAAGAAGAAGGAGGCCGCGAAGGCGAGGCAGUCCGGCAAGAAGCCGCAGAGCAAUAAUCAGUCGAGGGCGGCCGAGGACGGCAAGGAGCAGAGCCCGACGUCGGGGGUUCUGCAGAACGGCACCAACGGCACGGCCAUCAGCGUCGAAGAGGCAUUAUGUCUGAAAUUGGAGGAAGACGCCAGAUUAAAUGCGGAUGCACGUUCGUGCACGGGCUCGCUGGCUUCGCAUCCGCGCAGCCGGGAUAUCAAGAUAUCUAACUUUUCUAUUACUUUCCAUGGCUGUGAACUGCUGCAAGACACCAUGUUGGAGUUGAAUUGUGGUAGACGUUACGGUUUAUUAGGUCUAAAUGGCUCCGGGAAGUCUACGUUGUUGGCGGUGCUAGGACACCGCGAAGUUCCUAUCCCGGAGCAAAUAGAUAUUUUUCAUUUGACUAGAGAAAUGCCCGCAAGCAAUAAAACAGCUCUGGAAUGCGUGAUGGAGGUUGACGAGGAGCGUGUGCGAUUAGAGAAGCUCGCCGAAGAGUUGGUGGACUGUGUCGAGGAAGACGCUCAGGAACAACUCAUGGAUGUAUACGAGAGAUUAGAGGAUAUGGCGGCUGACACGGCGGAAGCUCGUGCUGCCCAUAUUUUACACGGUUUGGGUUUUACUGCAAAAAUGCAAAAAACUCCUACCAAAGACUUCUCAGGAGGUUGGCGGAUGCGUAUAGCUCUCGCUAGAGCACUAUAUGUAAAGCCGCAUUUGUUAUUGCUCGACGAGCCAACCAAUCAUCUCGAUCUCGAUGCUUGCGUAUGGUUGGAAGAAGAACUCAAAACCUACAAACGGAUUCUCGUUAUAAUCUCCCACUCUCAAGAUUUUCUCAAUGGCAUUUGCACCAAUAUCAUUCACGUCAAUAAAAAGCAAUUGAAAUACUACACUGGUAAUUACGAGGCAUUUGUGAAAACAAGAAUGGAGUUGCUUGAAAAUCAAGCAAAGCAGUAUAACUGGGAACAGGAUCAGAUCGCGCAUAUGAAAAAUUAUAUUGCGCGAUUUGGUCACGGUUCGGCGAAAUUAGCCAGACAGGCUCAAUCGAAAGAGAAAACUUUAGCGAAAAUGGUGGCGCAAGGCCUGACCGAAAAGGUUGUUAAUGACAAAGUGCUGAACUUUUAUUUCCCUUCGUGCGGAACGAUUCCGCCCCCGGUUAUUAUGGUUCAGAACGUCAGUUUCCGUUACAACGAGGACGCGCCUUGGAUUUACAAGAAUCUGGAAUUUGGAAUUGAUUUGGAUACUAGACUCGCGUUGGUUGGACCAAACGGAGCAGGAAAGAGUACCCUGCUAAAACUAUUGUAUGGUGAUUUAGUACCGACAAGCGGAAUGAUUCGCAAAAACAGUCAUCUCCGAAUUGGUAGAUAUCACCAACACUUGCACGAGUUACUGGAUUUAGAUAUAUCGCCUCUCGAUUACAUGAUGAAGGCUUUCCCCGAGGUGAAAGAGCGCGAAGAAAUGAGGAAGAUCAUUGGCCGCUAUGGUCUAACUGGGCGUCAACAGGUUUGUCCUAUUCGUCAAUUGUCUGAUGGUCAACGUUGUCGGGUUGUGUUUGCCUGGCUGGCUUGGCAAGUGCCUCAUCUGUUGCUGUUUGACGAGCCCACCAAUCACUUGGAUAUGGAAACGAUCGAUGCACUCGCUGACGCCAUAAACGACUUCGACGGCGGCAUGGUUCUCGUGUCGCACGACUUCAGAUUGAUUAAUCAGGUCGCUGAAGAAAUCUGGGUGUGCGAGAAUGAAGCGGUCACAAAAUGGAGCGGCAACAUUUUGGAUUACAAGGAGCACCUCAAGGACAAGGUUCUGUCUGACAACCAGAAGAGGCAGGACUUCGCGAAUCGGGGAAAAUAAUGGAGGCAGCGCUACAAUCCGCUUCUCUCUUUCCAGUACACUACGCCUCUAUAUUUAUAGGAAUCUUUUUUUUUCUAAAAAUUGUAACAUGCUAAUCGGCACUGUGUGCGCUGUUCUGUAGCGCGUCAGUGAUCGAUCGAAUUACUUAGUUAAUUUAUUGAAUUACUAGGUCGAAAUUGAUUCUUUACUUGACAACCCGCAGGUUGUUGUGGCGCAUUACUCUACCACAGUAGCAAUAUAGAAAUUGGAAAAUUCGUGCAUGUGCAGGAGAGUACAGAUUAAAUUUAAACAAAUUACCGACAAGCUAUUUAUAAUGAUAUAGGUAUGUAAAAAAAAAGAGGACGAAAGAACUGAGUGAUUUCUCUUUGACGAUCAACUUCAUUAUAAAUUCCUACUACUAAUCUAAAGAACAAUUUGAUUAUCUUCAGGAAUAUAAAAUAUUGUAACGUGUACAAACAUAUGCAGGUACGAUCGAUUAUAUAGUCUCAAAAUACAUUUUUAUCCGUGUACGUAUAUAAAUAUGAUAAUAUAACAUGGAAGACGUCAUUUUCGUAUAUCUCUGUGUAUUACAAAAUGUCGUAUCUUGGCGAAUUUUCACCGCGUUUUAAAAAACGAUUAUUAAAAUAUAUUCCUCACGAUA